UUCACUCUUUACUCCUCUUCUUCCUUCUCCAUCUCCCUCGGCCCAACUGAUACCACCGGAGUGCAGCUCUCUUGCUCCUCAGUAUAUUUUCCGGCUUAAAAACCUAAAACAAAUUCGGAUGUAGGGGAAUUUGAAAAGGAGACGUCACAAAAAAAAAAAAGACUGUGUGAUGUUUAUCUUCCUUUUUUCAUUAUUUUGAUUUUUUUUUCACCCAGAAGUCUCUCUCACUCUCGCCGCUGCCGACAACAUCGUAACGAUUGUUUGUGGUGGUCUUCUCAGUACUUAAAUGUAUCUACUCUACCGCUUCCGUGAUUUGGAUUUGACUCUCAUUUCCGAUUUUUAGUAGAGCUCUCUCUGCUUUUUGUUAGCUUCGUCUUAUUGAAAAUCAUCUCUAAAAAGCAAAAGGAGGUUUAUCUUUUGAGGACUUCGGCAGUGUUUGAAGGGGGGCUUCAAUUGGUCCUUCGAUUGGCUUGGCCAUUCAUAUGCACCCAAGAUUGGAAUCUGUUUGUAAAUGGAAUAAAAAAGCGGUCUUGGAUGAUGAUUAAUGGUUUGUGAUUAUUGAUGAGAGUAGAUAUGUGAAUUUUGGUGUGAAAAAAUGAGAAGUUUGUACCAGCUUUUCCAAUCCCGGAAAAAGAAGGUUUCUCUUUUGAGGACGUCAGCUGUGUUUGAAGGGGGGCUUCAAUUGGUCCCAUUUCGAUGCUAACCCUUUUCUCUACCCACUUCGCUGCUAACCUCUGUUUAACUAAAGGCCGAAACGCACCAUUUAAUUCACCUUGUUUUAUUUAUUUUUUCCAGUUUUAAUUUUGUCCCAUAACUCUCUCACCGAGAUUUAUCCCUCACUUUCUUGGCAACCAACCACUCAAAUUCGAGCCCAGAAAAUGUCGUCUUUCGAUUACCCUAUACUCUCACGUAGUGACAUAAUUUCAAUCCUGGCGGAGUCACAGAUCGCUGCAGUCACUGACAACGAUUUCAAGAAUAUCAAACCCGAUUUCAUCUCUAAUCUUUAUACACGCCUCCUUAUCUACCUUGACGCUCUCAACGAGGAAGACCAAGGGCAAGUUGAGUUUUCAGCAUUGGAGCAAAUUGAGAACCCAGAUCUUCUAAUUGGUUCAUUCCAGGUUAUGAAUUUGUAUUGCAGACUAAGAGAGGUGAUGGCUUCUCUUAAUUGUCCGAUGCAAUUUAACCUUAGGGAUUUGAUCAAACCUGAUCCGCGUCGGACCGAGCAUUUCCUCAGCGGAAUCCUCAAUUUUUGUCUUUAUAAAGAAACAAAAAUGAAUCUUCUAAGACCUAUUGUAGAGGAACUGGCCCUUCUAGAUGAUCAGCGGAAGGAGUGGGAGGCUAAGAUUUCUCAGUUGAAUGCAGAGAUUGCAGGUUACAGUGAAGCAAGAGAAAGGGAGUUACCACUAGUUCAAGAGGUAGAAUCAAAAGUUAAAGAAUUGCGUGAGAUGAUUGCUGGCCUCAACAGUAACCAGAUGUCACUGAGAACUUCUUUUCGGAAUUUGAAGGAGAAGACUGGGCAAAUGGAUGAGAAGAUUUCGAAGGCUGAGUUUGACCUGGUUCAAAGUGUCCAAGAAAAUGCAAAUCUGCGUUCAAAAAUAGUUCAGUCACCAGAUAAACUACAGAGAGCUUUAGAGGAGAAGAAAUUAGCUCGAGAUGAGGCAAAGAAUGCUGAAAGGUCAGCUAUUCAGUCAUUUCAGGAGAAAACUGCCACUGUUGAGGUCUACAGCAAGGCUCUAAAGAAAAUGUCGAAGCACUUUGCCUUGAUGCAAGCUAUACAUGAACAGGUGAACUCUGCAAAAUCAGUUGAAAAAGAAUGCAAGGGUUUGAAAGCUAAGUUAAGUGAUGAUGUUGUGUUAGACAAGUCACUUGAAGCUAAACUAAUUGAAUGGGAAGGAAAAGUUGGACAAUUGGAUGAACACAAAAGGCAGUUACAAAAAGAAAGAGAUCUCAAGUUUGAGGAAUCUACCAAACAUUUGAACAGUUUGAAGUCGGAGGUGUUGUCUAAGCGGUGUGAGCUGGAAGCAAGGCAGAAGAAGGUUGAAGAUGUGGUAGCAGAGGUGGACUCCAUAACGAUAAAGACCAGUAUGGUAAGAGAAUCUGGAGCUGCUAAAGUUCAGCAAUUGAUUAGUAAGUGUGAAGAGAUUGUAAAACAGUUUCAACAAUAUUCAUCCUCUAUUGGGCUCCUCUUGCCAGUGGAUGGGAAUGGAACAAAGACAACAUUUGAUUGAGUAGCUAUAACCAGGCUUCAACUUUAAUUUCAGGAAGCCACUCGAUUGUAAGUUGUUAUUAGUGCGUAGCAGUAAUAUAUAUUGAUUUGAUCGCCUAUUGCUACUAAUUUCAUAUGGACUUCCCAUUACUGUAUAUGAGGCUUGUAAGCAAGUUGAAUUUAUAGUGUGUACCCAAAAAACAAUUCUAAUAUCAACUUGUUAUGGUGUUCCGUAGAAGAUAUGUAAGGUAGUGUUACCCUUUAGCUUGUAUGUUGCUUGCUUGAUUUACAGUUCAAAGGUGAUGAAUGGAACCAUAAUAUAAUGUUAA